AUGAGCAAGCAAACGACUAUUGGAGGGCGGCCCGGCGGCUGGUCAAUCUUUGGACCUGCUUUAAAGAAUAAAGUGGACAAGGUCAAAGAGAUCAUGGGCAAGCUGGGCGACUCUCUUGACAAGGUGCGUAGAGGUCCAGUGAGCAGUGCUACUGAAGCAGGUUUCACUCCGGAGAACGUUGAGAAGGCAAAGGGAUGGCGCACUGAAGUCGAUACACUUGAGGCCCAGCUGCAUGCUCAAGUACGCGAUAACGCCAGAGUGGACGAGACUGUUCGAGACGUGAGAGAUCAGCUUCGUCGGUAUGACUCCACUCUGGCGGCUGCGCGAGAGCUUGGUGAUGAGAACGACGAAACAUCCCAAGAGCUUGCGGCUGAGGUUCUCGGUUGGCUUAUUCAGGAGCAUCCUCGAGUAAGAUUAUUCGCAGAGGCCAUGGGUCAUGAAAUGACUCCCGAAAUAGAGCAGGCCAUUGCAAGGCUUAACCCGGGAGAUCCAAAUGAUUCCUUGACAGCUAGAAUGAGCCAAGUCGCAACUCAGGGACCAAGUCGUGAUGAGCUCAUUGGGCAGAUCGACCAAUUGGAGUCCAAGUUGCGUUCUGCCCAAGAGCAGGCCAAUGCAAAGGGUGUCGUGAUUGCAUCCAUGGCAGAAAUCGAGCGACAGUUACAAGAAGACCUCGAGAAGGAGAAGCGAAAAGAGGUUGCUAUCCGCAAGAAGACUGAAGAAGAGGUCGAAAAGGCACUCGACCUGAAGCGAGAAGCUGAAUCGAGCGAAGGUCGCCUGAGGGCAGAGCUCUGUCAGGCAAAGAGGGACAAUGAAGUAAUGGAAUCAGAGCUGAAGGACAAGGACGACAAGUUACGGCGCCAGGCAGUCCAAAUCAGAGAAUUGGAGAAUGGUCAACGUACUGAACUUGAGCUUAAAGCUGUGAACGACAAGCAUAUGAAAGACUUGGAGGCUCAAGUUACGCAACUCAGGACAACCGUCAAGGAGCGUGAGUCAUCGCGAGAUGCACUUGACUUGGAGGUCAAUACUCUCCGAAAAGACAUCGAUGCCAAAGAUGCCAAUAUUCGCGACUUAAAUGCUCAGGUUGCUGGCGGCAUGGAGAAGCUCGUUCAACAAGAGGACCUGGUUAAAGGUCGACAGCUCUUGAUUGAAGAGCGAGACCGUGCACGUGUGGACCUCGAAUAUCACCGCCAGCUCGGUGAUUCGAGACUCACCGCGUCAGAAGACUGGAGGAAGCGUUGCGAGAAGCGCGACAGCUCGAUCCACAAACUCGAUAACGAGGUGGCGGAUCUUAGGUGGAAGUUGAAAGAGACUAAAACCGAGGUGACAAAACUGACAAAAGAAAGCGAUAGUUUGUCAGCCGAGCUUCGUGAGGCCGAAGAUACGAUUCGGGAACAAGGCGAGUCUAUUGACAGCCUCCAACGGUCUGCCAAUGGCUAUUUCAACGAGGUGAAGGAUAUCGCAAAGUUAAAUGAUGGACUCGGGCAAGAAGUCAAAAACCUGAACUUGCAACUGUCGAAAAUGAAGCUUGAUAUGUCUUCUAAAGGUGAUUCAAUUAGGGAAAGAGACGGCUUGAUUAAACAACUGGCCCAACAGAAAACACAAUUGAAGAGGCAAUGCCGCGAUGCAGAGGCCGAGGUCAAAGAUCUGACUGAGCCGAAUGAGGAACUUAAAGGCCGAGUCGAUUCUUUGACGAAGCAGGUGACUAGUUACAGGUCCAAGGGUAGCAAGUACAAGUCGGCCCUGGACAAGACCAAGCAGGAUCACAAGUCCGCUCUGACUGGCGCGAACCAGGCUGCGUGUACCAUGGCUAAUUUAGUCAUGACCCAGUGCCCCCCAGGUCUGCAGUGGUCAAGUAUCGUGGAAAGUAUCGACUGGAACAGUCAGAUGACAGUGGCUCUACCCACUCAGAGUUCAUGGAAGAUCCAAGAGUCCUGGUCCAAAGAUCCAAGGUUAGCAGUUUCGGAGAGGACAGACUGUCUUACUACCUUGCUACUUCUGAUCGUUGCUUCAGUCGAAUCGGGGUCGCUUGUUGAUAUGGUCAGCUGCUUAGCGGCCAUACAAAUGAGGUUGGAUGUAGAGUCUGAGUGCAUCUUCCCAGUUUUGAAACUGUUUCUUGAUGCCGUAUCAGUCUGUAUUGGGCUUGAAGGAGUUCAUGCCUUCCAAGUCUUCCUGCUCCUCCAGGUCGCUGAGAGAAUUGGGAGAGCAUGGCCCGAAUUCCAGGAUACGGUCAAUGAAUUGACUCACCGUGGUGGGAGUCAUGAGCUGACCUCGUCUGUUUCUCGAUCUGUCGCAUUGUGGGGGCAGGGACAGCGACAGGACUUUCUGGACUGUGAAACAUCACUCCAGUAUCAGGACUGGGCCCUCGUUGGGUUCUUCAGGAACCCCAAUGGUAUCCUGUUGCUUGGAGGUUCUGAGCUUCGGUGGGCUGAUCACGACUUUGUCAAGGUUGAUGGAAAUGACAUCAGUGUCGGCGAAGGGGAUGAUGAGAUUGAAUUUGAAGUCGAAGGCCAGAACUGGAAUUGGUGGGUGGAACAUAUUCUAUAG